CCGGUAGGGGGAGCUCUGCGCUCUGCUUCCCGUCUCUCCGUCACACCUGUCUCUCUCUGUGUCCGGACUCCGGAGGCCUCGGGAGCCGGGAGACGUCUCUGUACUGCGCUCCAGGGCUGGGAGUCUCGGCGGGUGCGUGGUGCAUCAUGGGGAAGCGGGACAACCGAGUGGCAUACAUGAACCCCAUCGCCAUGGCCCGGGCAAGAGGACCCUCUUCUUCUGGCGGUCCAACCAUACAGGAUUAUCUGAGCAGACCUAGGCCUACUUGGGAGGAAGUGAAAGAACAGCUAGAAAAGAAGAAGAAAGGAUCUCGGGCACUGGCCGAGUUUGAGGAAAAGAUGAAUGAGAGUUGGAGAAAGGAGCUUGAGAAACACAGAGAAAAAGUCAUCACCGAUAGUUCUUUAAAGAAAAAGGAGAAACGGAAGAAAGAAAAGAAGAAAUCUGGUGGGUUGUCUUCAUCAUCUUCUCCUGCAUUAUUGAGUUCUCCUUCUCCCAGCAGUUCUGACGAAUCUGAUAACGAGACCAAGAAAAAACUAUCAAAAAGAAAAAAGAAGAAGAAAUAUUCUCGUAAAUCAUCAGACAUCAGUGAUGACUCUGAAGGCAAGGAUCCUAUAAAGAAGAAAAAAUCCAAAGAUGAGCAGGAGAAAGAUAGUAAUCGCAAAAGUGCGAGCAGGAAAAGGAGACGUCCGGAGGAUGAUGAUGACCACAGAUAUUCUUCUUAUGACUCUUCAUCUGCGUCGGAAUCCGAGGAGGCGGUCUAUCGGAAAAAGAGAAGAAGCAGUGAAGAGAAAGCUUAUAAGGCCAAAAAGAAAAAGAAGCACAAGAAACACAGCAAGAAGAAGAAGAAAGCCGUUCCUUCAAGUUCUGAUUGUGAAUAACUAAUGUAUAAUGUCACCUACACAUGUCCAGUGACUGAAAUUAAUUUAUGUAACGAGAUCUUCUCUUCUUUACUAUGUACAAGUGUCUUAAAGGGACAUAUCCUGUAAAACCUGGGCUGUCUCAUUACCUUCUACACGAUAUAGCAGGUCAUCAGUCCUGCUCUGGACAACAGGUCUCCAUCCUGACCAAUAUGCCCAAAUCCUCUUUUUGGCUAUAGGCAGUGAAGCACAACCCACAUUCAGGAAGCAUAAUUAUCACAGAAACUCAAAUAAGCUUCAUGGACCUCUCCAGGCUGGGUGGAUAGUAGGUUCCCGCACCUGUCGUCCAAUCACGGUGGAUGCGUCCAUAUUAUGGUGUUAAACUUUCAUGACAAUGCAGCCUAUGAAAUGACUGGAAACUAGUGACCUCACCAAGACUAGAGGCACUUUGUCAUAUGGUUUGGUGAUGUCAGGUCCAGCCUGCAAAAUGGCUGCCUCCUUUUUGAAUGAAACAAGUUGACUCUAAAGAAGCUGAUUGAUCCCAUGAGGUGUUGGUUGGCAUAUUUCCUCUCUAAGUACCAGGCACAAGAAAUUGUACUUUGCACAUAUGACAAGUUCACAACACAACAAGAGUAGAUGUCCUGGUGCAGGUCAUGUUUUCUGGAUAAACUGUAAAGCAAUAAUAAGUAUUUAUUGUAGGAAGAUCAUAGCGUUUGUCCUUGGGUACAAUGUCCAAAGAGACUGCAGUUAAAUAAAAAGGAACUAUCUUUGUGACAUCCUAGGCCUCAGAGGCUGAGCUUUCAAAGCAAAACUUUCACAUCACUUUUCACUGAUCUUUAUACAGAAUUAUGAUGCAGAAUGAUUGGGGUAUCAGGAUUUUAAUGGGAAUAUUUUUUCCCCUCUGUUGCAGACCAUUCCCUCAGAAUUUUUAAUGAUCACAGCUUCUGACCUUACCCAGGCUACACAUCAGAAGUAGGCAAUAUGUAUUGAGCCAGCUGCUUUGGAACUACAAGUCCCAGUUUAUCUUUAGCCACUGGCUGGGAUUUGUAUGGUUCCGACAGCUUGUCCAUACCUACUAAUACAUGAACAUGUUGCGAUGCUGCGAUAUACACGCCUUGCUGUGGUGACUGGAACACUCUCUGGGGAUUUUGCUUUGCGUUUUUCCGCCGCCCCCCAUCAAGGAUAAGACUGCUUUGGCAUAUAUCUGCAUGUCCUGUAUUUAAUUGCAUCAUACACCAUAUGUACAGAUAAAGCAGCACUAGUAAAUAUGUAUAACGAUCAGGCAGACUACUUGAGUUCCAUAUCAUUGUUACUGAAACUGCCAGCGUGUACAAAAGCUAUUUGUUUUGUAUUUUUUUUUUUAUGUGUAUAUAUGAUAUAAUAUAACAGCUUCAUAUUGAAGCUGAACUACUUAAUUGAUCAAUUUCGGUACAAGACCCAUUAAGGAAUUGUUCUGUUUUAUGGAAGUGAACUCUAAAUUGAAAUAAAAUAUUGUUUAACACUGUUA